GUGCAAUAAGACUCAGAUAUUUGUUGGUGAUAAUUUCAAUCAUCUCGUUGUGAUUCCUUAUGGAAGGACUAAUUCUAAUGCUUUUAUUUCUUUGUGGACGUGCGUUAUUCAUACCUUAACGAUUGAUGAUGCUGUAGUGAUAUUAUUUGUUGUAUUUGUGUGAACUGCAUAGUUUUUCUCAAAAAUGGGAAAAUGUGACGAAGCCAAUGUUGAAGUUAGUAUGGGGGACUCGGCGUCCCCCAUGAAACCUGAUAAUUUUACGUUCAGCGUGCCCCCGGAGGCGCCCGUGUUCGAGCCGACGCCGGAAGAGUUCCUGGAUCCCUUGGCGUACAUCAGCAAAAUAAGGCCAAUCGCAGAGAAGUCAGGAAUAUGCAAAAUCAAACCCCCUGCGCACUGGCAGCCUCCGUUCGCAGUGGACGUCGACCGGCUACGGUUCACACCGCGGAUACAACGGUUAAAUGAAUUAGAGGCUAUAACGCGUGUGAAGCUGAACUUUCUGGACCAGAUUAUCAAGUUCUGGGAGCUCCAGGGCUCCGUCCUAAAGAUCCCCACAGUCGAGAGGAAGCCGCUUGAUCUCUACUCUUUGCACAAAAUUGUUAAAGAAGCCGGCGGUUUCGACACAUGUUCGGCGGAGCGUAAAUGGACCAAGAUCGCACGGCGUAUGGGCCACCCCCAGGGAAAAGGUAUCGGCUCUAUACUGAAGAACCACUAUGAACGCAUACUGUACCCAUACGAUGUGUUCAAAAGCAGUGGCGCCGUGGAUAAAGAAACAAAAAUCGAAGUGAAAGGCGAGCAGACCCCAGAAAAGGCGAACACGACCCGCAGCCGCUCCAACUCGAAAUGCCCCGCCGCCACCCCUCCCCCCGCGCGCCGGUUCAAAAGCAGCGAACCCGAACCCGCGGCCGAGGGUAGCCAUACUGAGGGGGCGCUGGCUGGCGCUGAUGAGGAGAAAAAGGAGGUGAAGACUCCGGUUAAAGAGGAAAAAGAAAAUGGAGAGCAGAGACGCAGUCCCCGCGAAAACAAAUGGAUGUCAGCGGCGGGCAGCUGCGGCGCUCGGUCGCGGGUGACGCGCUCCACGCGCCUACGCGAGCACCGCAUGAGCAACAUGACUGUCUCCGUCACACCCGCACCACCUCCUACCACCCCCGGUGCUCUCGACCCGCUGGCAAAAUACAUGUGCCGCGUCUGCGGGCGAGGCGACAUCGAAGAGCAAAUGCUGUUGUGUGACGGCUGUGAUGACUCUUACCACACAUUCUGCCUCGUGCCUCCGCUCGCCAUCGUGCCUAAGGGCGACUGGCGUUGCCCCGUUUGCCUCGCAGAAGAGGUGUCAAAACCGACAGAGGCGUUCGGAUUCGAGCAGGCUUCAAGAGAAUACACUCUACAACAGUUCGGAGAGAUGGCCGACCAGUUUAAAUCGGACUAUUUCAACAUGCCCGUUCACAUGGUGCCAACCCCAACCGUAGAGAAAGAGUUCUGGCGAGUAGUUUCAUCGAUAGAUGAAGACGUCACCGUCGAAUAUGGAGCUGAUCUCCACUCUAUGGACCACGGAUCUGGAUUCCCUACAAAGUCAAGCGCACAUCUAUACCCCGGCGAACAGCAGUAUGCGGAGUCGAGUUGGAACUUGAACAAUUUGCCCGUACUAGAGGGCUCUGUGCUCGGACACAUCAACGCUGACAUAUCUGGGAUGAAGGUGCCAUGGCUGUACGUGGGCAUGUGUUUCGCGACGUUCUGCUGGCAUAACGAGGACCACUGGAGUUACUCCAUCAACUAUCUACAUUGGGGCGAGCCCAAGACUUGGUACGGCGUACCAGGCUCAAAAGCGGAACAAUUUGAGACUGCCAUGAAGUCGGAGGCGCCAGAACUCUUCCAACUGCAACCAGACUUGCUGCAUCAGCUGGUCACCAUCAUGAACCCGAAUAUACUUAUGCGGGCUGGAGUUCCCGUUUACAGGACUGACCAACGCGCCGGCGAGUUCGUGAUCACGUUCCCUCGCGCGUACCACGCUGGCUUCAACCAAGGAUACAACUUCGCUGAGGCGGUCAAUUUCACCCCCGCCGACUGGCUAAAAAUGGGCCGCGAAUGCAUCGCACACUACUCAACCCUGCGUCGCUACUGCGUGUUCUCACACGACGAGUUGGUGUGCAAGAUGGCGCUCUCACAUGACGCGUUAAACAUGAACGUAGCCCUCGCCGCGUAUAGAGACAUGAGGACUAUGCUGCACGAUGAACGGAGGCUUAGGAAAGCGCUGUUAGACUGGGGUGUCACCUCAGCCGAGCGCGAAGCAUUCGAGCUACUACCGGACGAUGAGCGUCAAUGCGCGCUCUGCAAGACCACCUGCUUCCUCUCCUGCGUGACUUGCGCGUGCUCGCGACGCGUGGCGUGUCUCAGACAUUACGCCCAGCUCUGCGGCUGCCCGCCAAGGACGCACACACUCAGAUAUCGCUACACCCUCGACGAGCUCCCAGCGAUGCUGGAGAAACUGAAAAAGAAGUCAGAAAUAUUCCGCGAAUGGGCCGAGUCCGUACAAAACGCUCUGGACCCCGACACGCCCAAAACUUGCGACUUGGACGGCCUCAGGGCUCACCUUAGGAGGUCUAUUGAGCUUAAGAUGCACAAAACCGAGCUAGUCCGCGCGCUAGAAACCGCCAUUGAGGAUGCAGAAAAAUGCGCCUCCGUGAUUCAGCAGUUAGAUCUCAACAAGAUGCGGACUAGAACCCGUCACCAUGACCCCAAAUACAGAUUAUCUGUGCAAGAAUUGACACUAUUCGCGCAAGAGAUUGACCAGCUAGCUUGUGUGCUACCUGAAGGAUCAGCAGUAAAGGAGGUCCUUCGUCAGACGGCCGACUUCGAGUCUCGGGCCACGGAGCUUCUUGAUAAAGAAUUGGACCAGACCGACCCCGGCAUUGUCAGAGAGCUAGAAGAGGUGGUAGAGCUUGGCGCACGCCUCUGCAUCGUUCUACCCCUCCUCACCCCCCUACAAGCGCGCCUCCAGCAAGUCAAAUUCCUCGAAGAGGUCCGCACAUACAAAGACUACGCGAAUUUGACCCCAGAGGUCAUUGACCGGCUGCUGCAAGACUCUGAGAAUGUUGUGCCACAUCAUAAGAUUGAGACUGAACGAGCAUUAUUAUAUAAACUUAAAGCCGAAGUCGAAGAAUGGGAGGAGCGCGCCCGCGCCGUUCUCAUCGACCCGUCGAAACCGCCUCCCGAUCCGCCGCAACACACCACUCUAGCGGAAGUACAAGCUUUACUGGACGCCAGGGAAGAUAUUGAGGCCGCAUUGCCAUCAUAUCACGCGCUCAGUCACGCUAAGCAACACGCUCAAGACUGGCUAGCAAAGGUGGAAGAGAUGCAAUCAAAAGACUUAUACCCAUACAUGCACAGUGUAGAAGCCCUAGUGAAGCGCGGGCAGCAAAUACCUCUAGCGUUAUACGAGAAAGAUCAAUUAGCGGCCGCUUUAGCGUCCGCCAAGGAAUGGAAGCGGGGAGCGGGGGAUAUGUUCUUAAAGAAGAACUGGCCCUACUCCCUGCUCGAGGCGCUCUCCCCGCGCACCGAGGCCGCGCCCUGCCGCCGCCGCGCGCGCGCCGGCGCCGCCUCCCCGCAGCCCUCGUCGCUCGAAGCCGGACUGUUCCUACGGAACUUCAGCGAAGAUUCUACUCCUACUGAGAUAGUGGCCGCUUUUAAACAUGCCGAGCAACGCGAGUUAGCCGCUGUUAAGGAGCUCAGGGUUAAGAACAUGCGCAAAGAAGUCCGCGCGCCACCAAUGCCUGGCGUCAGCUUCUGCGUAUGCCAGAAGCGCCAGUAUGGCGUCAUGACGCAGUGUGAGCUCUGCAAGGACUGGUUCCAUGCUGCCUGCAUAACCGCCGCGAAAGAAGAUCGCGCUGAAUCCGAAGAGCGAGACCUACCGUUCCCGACACCCGAGCCCAAGUUCCUGUGUCCCGACUGCACGCGGACACGCCGGCCGCGUUUGGACCGCAUCCUUGCCUUACUGGUGUGGCUCCAGAAGCUGCAAGUGCGGCUAGCGGAAGGCGCGCUGCAGUGCGUGACGGAGCGCGCCAUGGCGUGGCAGGACGCGGCGCGCGCCGCGCUCGCGCACCCCGCGCUCGCCGCGCUGCCCGUCGAGCAGGACCGCGCACAGGCGAAUCGAGAAAAAUCGGACAAACUCAAUGCAGAAUUGAAGAAAGCGACCGGUCGAGGACAUGAUCAUUCAUCACAAAACGCGAGAUCGUCCGCAAGCGUGGAGCACGCGUAUAGCGCCACUCCGCGUUCGCCGGGCACUCGCUUGGCUCCUGGCUUAUUACAGAAAUUGGAGGACUUGAUGCUGGAAGGAGAUUUGCUCGAGCCUGUCUCGAUUCCAUUUCUCGAAACGUUACGCGCCCCCCGCGCGCCCUCCCGCCCGCACGCGCAGCUCAAGCGUGCGCGCGCGCCCCCGCACGACGCCCACGCCCGCCGGGGCGCCGCCGCACCCAGCAAGACUGUCAAACGUGGCUCCGCCACCACCACCAACUAUCUCAACAGGAAACAGCACUAA